GAUUCUCCUUUUUGGGAUUGCAGAGAUUUUCUCAAAGUUUAUCCUAUCUUCCUUGUUUGAUUCUCCGUCAAAGUUUGAACUCAAACCCUAGAUUUGCUGGGAUUCCAAGGAUUUUGCCAAGGGAAUCGAAGUUGUGAUUGUUGAAAAGUCACUCGAAAGCAAGAUCGAUGGACCCCAACGACCCCAAAAUUGUCGAUGUCGACCUGGAACCAAGCAAAGAGAUUCUGGAAGACGAGAUUGGUAUUGCUGGAUAUGAUGCUGAUAUGAUCGACCAAAUAUGGUAUUUACAACCAAGAACAACAAUUACAGAUGGUUUGAAACCUAUUAGGAAUGAUCAUGACAUUAGGGAUGUUUUGGGGGUGUUGAAGGUGGAGGAAAAGGUACAUAUUUAUGUGUCUCAUGUCCCAGAUUUUGCUAAAAUUAUACCUAUCUUACCAUUACCAGCCCCUAGUGAUAAGGGUACGGUUACCGACAAUCCUAUUGAGGUUGAGGGGAGAGUAGAAAAUGAUCAUGUUGAUGUGGAAGGCAGAGUUGAGGAUGCUAGUCAUGCGGUUGAUGUGGAAGGCAGAGUUAAGGAUGCUGGUCAUGUGGUUGAGAUUGAAGGCAGAGUUGAGGAUGCUGGUAAUGAUGGUAAUGAAGACAGUGAACAUUUUGAGGAUGAAGAUGAUUUUCUUCCAUAUAUAUCUGAAUUGAGUGAUAAUGAAGAUGAGGUAACUGUCGAGGCGAGAAAGAAAAUGAAUAACAAAUAUGCUUUGCCUGCAAGAGCUAGUCAUGAAAUUCCCUCAUCUUCAACUGGUCACAAUGAUCUUGAUCUUGAGGAUUCAUUAAGCUUAGAUGAUGAUAUCGGCUACAUUUCAACAAGUGAAGAGGAUGGAAGUGAAGUUGAACACGGUAGGAGAAGGAAAGGUAGGCAUAAAGUUUUUCGAGGAAUAGAUGAUGGCAAUGUACAGAUUGAGUUAGGCAUGGUUUUUCUAAACAAAGCUGAGUUUAAAAAAGCUGUGGAUAAAUUGAGCAUUAUGCAAAGGAGGCCAAUUAAGUGGGUCAAGAAUGAUAAGAAGAGACACAGGGUCCAGUGUAGGAUUAUUAAAAGGAGGCUAAGAAAAACUUUUGAAGGGGAUCAUUCAUUGGAAUACAACAAGCUUUUUGACUAUGCUGCAGAACUAAGAAAAAGAGAUCCAGGAGGGACUAUUUCAAUUUAUGCACCGAGGCCACUACCUGAACUCAACCCUAUUUUCUUAAGGAUGUAUGUGUGUUUUAGUGCAAUGAAAAAGGGUUUUAGUGCAAUGAAAAAGGGAUUUAUUGCUGGAUGUAGGAGAGUCAUUGGUUUAGAUGGAGCUUUUCUCAAAGGACCACACAAAGGGGAAUUACUUACUGUUGUCGGUAGAGAUGCGAAUGACCAAAUGUACCCAAUUGCAUGGGGUAUAAUGGAAGUUGAAAAGGAAGAAAGUUGGUCAUGGUUUUUGGAAGAAGUUAAAUAUGAUUUGCAAAUAGGAGAUGGUGAUGGUUAUGCUAUAAUAUCUGACCAACAAAAGGCACUGAAUGAGGCAGAAUUUAAUGCAGCCUUAGCAGAGUUAGGCAAAUUGAAGCCUGCAGCAAGGGAUGACAUAAUGAAUGUGGAUCCCAAGCACUGGAGCAGAGCUUUUUUCAACGUCGAAAUUAAGUCAUCUGUGGUUGACAAUAACAUGUCAAGAAUUGUUGUUAUGAGAGAGUUUGGAUCUGCUAAGUUUGUGGGAGAAUUUGGCCCUAAGAUUUGGGCUAAGAUUGUACGGAAUAGGGAAGGUAGCAAGAAAUGCAAAGUCCUAUGGCCUGGUGGAGGUGGUUUUGAAGUUAAGGAUUACCUGAAUAGUAAAAAUAAAGUCGAUUCAGGCAAAAACACUUAUAUUGUAGAUUCGGAAGCUAGAAAAUGCACCUAUAGGUAUUGGGAUAUAUCUAGGAUUCCUUGUAGACAUGCCAUGACAGUAUUGAGUUUAAGAAAACUGAGAGUUGAAGAAUAUGUUUCAGAUUGGUACAAGUUGUCAAGAUUUAGGGCCUUUUAUGCAUAUGAGAAGAAGGCAGAAAAGAGAGCAAGGAAAAAUACCCUAACCCCAACUGUGCAAGAGAUGGCUACAAGAGUUGGAGAUAGAGGAAUUCCCGCUGUAACUUUAACGCCUGCACCAACAGCACCUGCACCAAUAGCACCAGCAAUACCUGCACCAAUGGCACCUCCAUUUAUAACAACACCAACUCCCUCAGGAAGCAGUAGGCAAUUUGUUACUACCACUAACUUGCAAGCACUAUUCUGGGAAAAAAGAAGGCAAAAGGAAGAAGAAGCACUUGGUCGUUGGGCAGAGUUAUUGACUAAAAUUCACACAGAUAAACAAUCAAACGUUUAGACUGUGAAGUUAUUAAGUGUUGUUUGCAUGGAUGCUUCUUUUUUGGACAGAUUAGGGUGUGUAUUGCCUGGAUGAUUGUUUUUGGACAGACACCCCUAUUGAGUGUAAAGCUUUUUGUUGUGUGUUUAGGGUGUGCUUCUGUUUUGGACAGAUUAAGGUGUGCUUCUGUUUUGGACAGAUUAAGGUGUUCUUCUAUUUUGGACAGAUUAGGGUGUGUAGUACAUAGAGUGGUAUUGCAUGGACACUUGUUUUUGGACAGAUAUGAGAGUUUAGGUUGCUUGUUGUAUUUGGUGGGAAUCUGCUAUAAUGUGCUUUUCUUUUGGAUUUGCACAACAUACAUUUUGUAUUUUACUGUAUAUGCAUUGUAAUUUUGGUAUUGGGAUUAAUGAAAUGCAUAUAUUGACUUUUGUGAAUUGCUUUAGGUAAAUGACCAAUUGCCAAAUUUGCCUAUCUUUGGAUACCAGAAUGCUUUUGUGCAUAAAUUGGUAUAAAAAUGCAAUUGAAAC